UUGGACGCGGCACACGGUCACGUGCUCUCUCUGACCCGGAAGUGACGACACUGGACCGGAAACAGCGAGCGGCCAGGUCUCCGUCAUGUUGGUUGGAGAUAGGAGGAAUGGGAACCUCCUGGUGCAGCUGGGUCCUAAACUGCAGGCUCAGCCAGAGGAAUUGCUGCGCCAGAGGUGGAGCCCAGAAGGACACACAGAAUAUCUGAUCCGAUGGGCAAUACAUAAUCUGGAGGAAGUGGCGGGGAAUAGUGGAGCAGCCUCGCUGACCGAGAACAAAUCUACCAACAUUCUGAUGUGGAUGUCAGCUGAGGAGGUGUAUACCAACUGCCCUACGCUGCUGGGGAAACGGAAACCUGAGGGCUCGGGAAUACCUGAAGAAAAGGCUUCCCGGGCACCCGAUGAUGGAGCUCUCAGAGAAAUGAGAGAAGAUGUCAGGAUGCUGGUCCAGAGAGCUGCCAGGCAGAUGUCCCAGAGUAGUGGCCCUGAUGCCUCAAUCCUUAACACCAUUCAUGUACUCAGUGCCUAUGCCAGCAUUGGCUCUCUGGCUGGAGUAUUCAAGGAGACCGGAGCCCUGGACCUGCUGAUGAAGAUGCUGUGCAACCAAGAGAAACAGAUCCGGAAAAAUGCUGGGAAGAUGCUGCGAGCCCUGGCAUCGCAUGAUGCUGGGAGUCGUGCCCAUGUCUUAUUAUCCCUCAGUCAGCAGGACGGUAUUGAACAACACAUGGAUUUUGAAUCCCGUUACACAUUACUGCAGCUUUUUGCAGAGACCACUAGCUCUGAAGAGCACUGUAUCUCUUUUGAAGGCAUACACCUGCCUCAGAUUCCGGGGAAGCAGCUCUUUUCUCUUGUGAAACGUUAUUUGUGCGUUACAUCUCUGUUGGACCAGCUCAGCAGUGACUGCCCAGAAUACGGAGAAAAGAACCGCCUUCAGCGCCAGUUUGACUUCAGUAUGGCCAUGGGGAGCUUAAUCUGCGAGCUGGUGCGGGUCAUGGGUUGGGUCAAUGAGCGGACUUCGGAUUCAGAACUUCCUCGAGAAAAUUACCAGCCUCGUAUUCUCAGAUCCAUCUUUCAACCCAAGGUGCCAGCCAGCAACACUCUCCAGAUGGCAGCGAUGACAUCACUGCGACCCUCCCCCCCAAAGAAGAAACAAGGGAAGCCGUUUUUGUCUCCUUCAGAUUUUCCCUCCCGGAAUGCCUAUGUGGAUUACAUCCAGGAAGCUCUGAAGCCAGGAAUGAGUGUGCGAAUGCUGGAGGAUUAUGAGGAGGUCAGCACUGGAGACGAGGGCGUAUUCCGUCAGAGCAACAACGGAAUGCCCCCUGUACAGGUGCUGUGGCAGUCUACCAGCCGUACAUACUGGGUCCAUUGGUAUAUGAUUGAGAUCAUUGGCUCUGGAAACCAGGGUGAGGAGGACACACAGGACAGAGCUUCAUCGCUGACUGAAAAUCUGAAGUUUUCCCCCGUGACCCAGGCAUUGCACUCUAAACCCUCAGGGGGUCUGUAUAAUCUCCCCUACUUGGCCAUGAGCGCUUGUGAGAGUGCAGUCCUCAGACAAGAUGAAUGGUGGGAGCUUCUCUUCUUCAUCAGGAGAUUGGAACCACAGGAGCAGCAAGAAGUGUAUAGCCUCAUUGGACAGAGUCAGGACGGAGAGCCAUCGACCCUGGAUGAACAAGCUGUCAUGCAGAUGCUGGUGUCUGUGAAUUUAGCCCAAAAGAUUCUUAAUUUCUUGGAAGAGCGAUGUCAUGGCUGUAUUCUGAGUGACCUACAAAACUCUCACAUCUACGCCAAGUACUUUCUCUGCACACGGGGUGGGGAUCGACAAAACCUAAACUCGGACACGUCCUUUCAAGAUAACUCUGCACAGGGAGGACUGGUAUCUAAGAAACCAAAGACAGAGGAUUCACCUAAAAUAGAACGGUUUGGAGCACCACCAGACGCUGAUGUGUCGGAUCUUCAGCUUCUGAACAACCUGCUCUCUCUGGAGGGAAUUCAGACCACAGAGCUUGCUUCUGAGAAGAGUAAAGGCUUUGGUACCUUCAAGGGCCACCUGACUGGGGCAUCCCUGGAGAUGCUGGUCGAGAUGCUUGAGAAAGCAAGGAGUGUGUGUGGAGCAGAGGCUCUGGGCUUUAUCAUCCAAAUUCUGGAGCAGCAAUCUGGUGACGAGGGUCAGGGCUUGAAGAGCGAGGGGCGUUCUGUCAGAGAGAAGAUUGUGAAGAUGCUGGUGGAACUUCUUACUAACCAGGUGAAGGAGAAACUACUGGUGGUCACGUGUCUGCAGCUGACAUAUGUCAUGAUGUCAAAAUACGACUGGCGCGUCCUGUUUGCUACAGAAGGAGGCGUGCGCGCAGUGCUGGGGUGCAUGCAUGAACACCAGGCGUCUGCAGCAAUGCAGCAUGCAGGCCUUUCUGUUCUCAAGGUAUUGACGGGCGUAGGAAGUUGCGAGCUCCGUGGUGGAUCCCGGCGCUAUACUCUCAAUCCCUCCGAUUCUCAGGUGAUGAAAGAGAUCUUCUGCAGUAUCGGAUCGGCUGCCAGUGCCAGCUCCACCAAUCUCCUGAAAGCAAUUCCCGAGGCCAUCAGUAAGAUGCUGGCUACCCCAGGGUGCUUCUCCUCCGUUUAUAACGGGCUCCUUGUUGUUCACAUGCUGAUUGAAAAUCACAAGGGUUUGGCCGAGCAGCUGUCCAGCUGUGCGUUGUCCUCCGUCCUGCAGAGCUUUGCAGAGGAUUCCAGUAACUCCAUGCAUGGCAGGUGGGACGUGUUCAUGCAGAGACAGCUGACGGAGCUGUUGAAGAAUGGUCAGGAGAAAACUGACAGCGAGGCCACGGAAGACAGUCAAACACAGGCUGUGCAGGAGAUGGAGUUACCGGCAUUGCUCUCUAGUCUGAAGGACAGUCGGACAUGUAGAGAUCUCCUCCCAUCUCUGGAACGCUGCGUUUGUGAUGAUGCCUCCUCCAUGCGCUGUGAUGUCAGCCAGCUCCUUACUGACAGCGACUUCUUCCUGCAACUCCUGUCUUGCUUGGAGCAACUAAGAACUGAGAAGCGUCUUCAGCUCUCUGUGUAUCGAAUUCUGAACAAGGCUUUGGAUUUUUACCAAGAGGACGGCCUUUCCUGGCACAGGAGCAUAGAGCCAUGUCUCAACUAUUUGGGAAGCAACAGCAAUGACCAAGAGCUUCUCCAGGAAAUGGUCACUUUCCUUCUUCGUUUGGCCUCCGCCAAUAAGGAUUGUGCUGUUGUCAUGUGCCGGCUUGGUGCCAAGGAAACCCUGAACAAAGUACUGGAAAAGCAGAGUGCUACCAUCCUGCAGGCGUCGGAGUUGAAAGACCUUCUCACAGACUCUGAGAAGUACGCCAGCCUGUACCAAAAGAUGGCAACCAGCAUUCUAGCCGGGUGUAUCCAGAUGGUUUUGGGGCAGAUAGAGGAACACAGGCGUACCCAACACCAAAUUAACAUCCCUUUCUUCAAUGUCUUUUUGAGAAAUCUUUGCCAAGGGUCCAGUGUGGAAGUGAAAGAAGACAAAUGCUGGGAGAAAAUUGAGGUGUCAUCCAAUCCUUACCGUGCCAGCAAGCUGACAGAUGGGAACCCCAAAUCUUACUGGGAAUCUAGUGGAAGUACUGGAUCCCAUUAUAUCAACAUUUACAUGCAUCGUGGAGUAAUAAUCAGACAGCUCUUCAUUACUGUGGCCACUGAGGAUUCCAGUUACAUGCCAGCUCGGCUAGUAGUGAUGGGAGGGGAGAGUCCAUCCAGCAUUAAUACAGAGUUAAACACGGUGAACAUCCCCAGCACAGCCGGACGUGUCCUCCUUCUGGAAAACCUCACACGAUUCUGGCCCAUCAUUCAGAUCAAGAUCAAACGUUGCCAGCAGGGUGGUAUUGACACGCGUGUCCGUGGUCUGGAAGUCUUGGGACCAAAGCCAACCUUCUGGCCCGUGUUUAAGGAGCAGCUUUGCCGCCGGACAUUUUUAUUCUACACGAGCCGUGCUCACAGCUGGGGACAGGAGAUCUGUGAGAAGAGGGAAUGCUUACUUCAGCUCUUCAACAGAUUGAAUCGUGCCUUGUCACAUGAGCAGGAGUUCGCUGAGCGUUUCCUUUCGGAUGAUGAAGCUGCUCAGGCUCUGGGACGGACCUGCUGGGAGGCACUAAUCACACCUUUAGUGCAAAGCAUAACUACUCCAGACACUGAUGGAUUGAGCCCCCUUAGUUGGCUUCUCAACAAGUACCUGGAGAACAAGCAGCUGUCUGGCCGCCCUAGGUCUCGAUCCUCUGUGUUUAACUCACGUGUGAGAAGAUUAACUCAUCUGCUGGUCCAUGUGGACACCAGUCUCCCAGACAUAGAAACAUUGAGGCCCCCAAGCAAAGCCAAUGUGAAGAGUCGAGAAGUGGCUGCUGUGCCAGUAAAGGUCUCCAGCCCCAGUGUUAGCAGCAUGGGUGGCAUCGCUGAAUGCUGGCAAGGAGUAGUGCAGAAACAGGUUCAAAAAUUCCUGGAGUCUUCCUGGAAUGACGAAGAUGUGGUUCCUCGGUUUUGCUCAGUUUAUCUCGGGCUCAGACGGGCCAUGGAGGAGCUGUUUGGACAACAGACCCUAUUUUUACUCUCUCUUCGCCAAGGGUUUUGUGAGGGUCUUUUACAACUUUCCUUUUUAACAGCUUUGCAUGUCAUGGAGCGCUUUGCUCGCUAUAUUGACCAGAGGAUGCAGGAGGUCCGUUCAGACUCAUCUGACUUGCGAGCGUUGGACCAGUUGCAGCAGUUCCUGGAGUUUAUCCUCUUCCUUUCUGAUCUUGAACUCGCCAACUCAUUUGAGCAUUUCUACAGGCAUUACUUGGCAGAUCGGCUCCUCUCCCUGGGUCCUUGCUGGCUAGAGAAUUCUGUGGUCGACCACAUUGGGAUUUGUUUCCCGAACAGAUUCCCACAGCAGAUGCUAAAAAACCUACAGGAGUCAAAGGAUUUGCAGAGGGAACAACAUCUAUACAGUCUUCAGGAGCUUGAUACAGGACUACUGUCUGAGGAAGAGGAGUGUGAGCUCAUGGAUGAAGACUCAGUGCCUUUAGCUGAGGACCAAGAGGUUUUGGACGUCCAGAUUUCUGUCCUGUCCCCCCGAUGCUGGGCUGUGUCUUCCUUCUGCUACAUGAAUGAUCCGAACAAACAUCUACCAGAAUCGCUUGGCGUCAGCCUGCAGCACUUUACAGAUUUCUACUCGAAGAGUCAGUCUGUGCUUGGCUUCGAUUUUGCACAGAGCCGCCGAUUACAGUGGACAUGGUUGGGAAACGUAGAGUUGCAAUAUGGAGACUUGACUCUCCGUGUGUCCACGCUGCAGAUGGUUAUUUUGCUGCUUUUUAACCAGCAAGAGGAAAUUUCAGAGGAGUCCAUCCUUCAAUCUACGGGACUGUCACCAGUUCUAAUGAACCAUGCGCUGGCCCCACUUACUGCCAAGGGUAGCAUCCUAACCCAUAACCAGAAAGGACGUUUGUGUUUAAAUGAUGAGGAACUGAUAGAGAGAGGUCCAGGAAAAAUCUUACAAUUUCUCCCGAAGCAGACUUAUCUAAAUGUAGAAGAGGAUGAGGGACGAUCGUUGGAAAGAAAAAGAAAUAUAAUUUUUUGCCUGAUCACACAAAUUAUGAAGGAGGAAAAAGAAAUCCAUAUUGAUAACCUGGUUUUCAGGGUGACUGAAGCAUGUCAGAAGCUGGAAUCCAGGAAAAGCCCCCCAUUCCUAAGCUUUGGUUGUAGCCAUACUGAUGUCCUGUCUUGUAUCAUGCAUCUCAUCAGCCAGGGCUACGUGCGUCGCAGCGAGGAAAGUCCGCACAUCCUGGAAUAUCUCUCAAAGGAUCCUUCCACACCACACAAAGGCAAAGCCCACAUCAGCUUUCAAAACUCCAGCAAGAAGAAGCAGGACUCCAGCAUGAAGUCCUCCCCCACUAGCUCGGCUGGGGGAGCGGAGCACGGAGUGCUGGAGACUGUUCUGCUUCCCAUGGGGCGCACACUGAGCCAGGAAGAAGUUUGGGCGCUUAUGUCUCAGAUGGUUAACCAAGUGUCAGAAACAUUGAGCAUCAGUCCAGACACGGCCCAACACCUUCUCAUCCACUGCAAGUGGAAUGUGGACCUUCUUAUUCAGCGAUACACGGACGACCCACAGAUACUGCUCAUGGCCUCGGGAUUAGAAGUGCAAGAGAUGCACCUCCCGGACAGCCCCCUGCCAGCGUGUCCAGUGUGUAUGAGCCCUGUGAGUGCCACAGACAGCCCUCCAACUCUCUGCUGCCGGCACUUCUGCUGUAAGAGUUGCUGGAAGGAGUAUCUGACAAUGCGAAUUGAGCAGAACCUGGUACUAAACUGUACAUGCCCCACCACGGAUUGCCUGGCACAACCCACCUCAGAAUUUAUCUGCAAGAUAAUCUCCUCUAAGGAGGUUCUUGAGAAGUAUAACAAGGCCCUGCUCCGUGGAUUUGUUGAGUGCUGCUCUAACCUGACGUGGUGUACGAACCCCCAGGGCUGUGACCGUGUGCUGUGUAAAGAGGGUCUUGGCAGUGGGGCUGCCUGCUCCAAAUGUUCUUGGCUUUCCUGCUUCAGUUGUAGUUUUCCAGAGGCUCACUACCCAGCGAGCUGCAGCCACAUGUCUCAGUGGAUGGAUGAUGGUGGUUUCUACGAAGGGAUGACUGUGGAAGCACAGAGCAAACACCUAACCAAACUCAUAUCGAAGCACUGCCCAAGUUGUCAGGCCCCCAUUGAAAAGAAUGAGGGAUGUCUUCAUAUGACAUGUGCCAAAUGUAACCAUGGAUUCUGCUGGCGGUGCCUCAAACCCUGGAAACCAACCCAUAAAGAUUAUUACAACUGCUCAGCCAUGGUCAGUAAAGCCGCAAGACAGGAGAAGCGGUUCCAGGAUUACAAUGAGCGAUGUACGUUCCAGCACCACGCCAAGGACUUUGCUGUCUCUCUGCGAAAUCGCCUAUGUACUCUGAGUGUAGAACCUCCACUGCGCCCUCUGACAUUUCUCAUCACAGCCUGCCGGGUCUUGGAGAUGAGCCGCAAGGUGUUGGGGUACUCCUGUGUAUACAGUUAUUACAAUCAGGAUUCAGAACGGCUCGAUGUGCUUGAAACACAAACCGAAAAUCUAGAACUUCAUGUCAGUGCACUGCAAAUCCUUCUGGAGGACAGCCUACUGCAGAGUGAAGAUCUGUCAUCCAGCGUGCGACUGCUGAGUGCUGACAAAUACAACAGUGGCCUGGAACUGGUGAGACGGGUACAAGAGAGACUGAGUGGCAUCCUGCAACAUUCAACUCAGGAUUUUCGAGUUGGCUUCUUCUCUCAGCCUGACUUUAAAGACCCCAAAUUAUCUAAUGUACCAACAGGCAGCGCUGCCUUCCCAACGGCCACAGAUGCUGUUGUUGGUGACUCGGAUUCUGGUGACACCGCUGGCGAACAGGAAGACGAGGACGAGGAAUAUGUCCCACAGUGGCAUGAGGAUUAUGACGAUGACCUGGAUGAGGAUGACUUUUCAUAUGAUGAGGAUGAUGAAUCAGAAAAUCUUGAGCCAGAUUCAUUUAUAUUCGAGGACGAUGAUGCAGAUAUCUAUGAGUAAACCUUCUUCCAUUCCCUUUGGGCAGCCUGAUUUACAUUUCAAACCAUUGCCAAGGGGAUUAUCUGUUCCCACUGACCUGUCUACCUCUCACACUCCUUCACCACCAUGCUUCUCAUAAUUCCAUGUCUAAUAGGGCUUUACCCUGACCCAAGCUUUUCAUAUUGCAAUUUGCUUGUAACCCUUACUUUUCCCCAUUCCAUACAGGAUUGCUCUUCUAUCUUGGCUCCGCUUUUGUUGCAAUUCAUUCACAUUACCCAAUUUUUUUACCCUAUAUUUGUAUUCUGAUCUUAAUCUUCUCCUGGAUCUUAUAAACUUGUAAGACUUGAGGAGAAGGAUUUGGUUUGAUUGGACAGCUGAACUUUCGCUGUAUUCUCCUGUAGUCAUUCCUCUAAAACCGUUUUAUCUUGGUGUCCUUUAAGUUAGACACUUUGCUAUCCCUUGUCACACUUCCUUUUUCCCAAUCCAUCUCUCAUAGCCCUUACUCGAUCUUUAAUUAUUCUCGAUGCCUUCUCCUCCUAACUCAUACUUUUCUUUUAAAGCCUUUGUGUACCUGGGGCCUGUCCUUAACAUCCGGGGCCAUCUUACCGAUCAGAUUCC